UGCGAUGGCUAUGGAGGAGAAUUAGACUGGGGACUUUGCAAAGCAUCCUACUGAUGUGAUUAAUAACGUUAAAUGACUGCCAUGCAUUGACUCACGGCGGUAUGUAGUGUAAGGCCUUUGGGAUUAUUAUCUUCUGGUCGCGGGUCGGAUUCGGUAUUUUUUUUAUUUUGUGUUGUUUGUUUUGUUGGGUGGUUUGAUGUGAUGUCGGGCCCGUGGCGCUGCGUUGUAUGUGAAGUCACUCCCUAGAUGUGUAGCUUGUGGUUACAACACUGGUAGAGCUGUCACUGAAGGUGUUGCUGUGUGAACAAUGCACGAGCGAUGUCUGAUGUUGAGGCCACGUAUGCAGACUUCAUCGCCUCCGGCAGGACAGGACGCAGGAACGCCAUGCACGACAUUCUGCAGAGUCCCACCGACCCCGAGGGACGAGAAAUGCCCCUCACCCUGUCCCUGUCCCAGCUGCACAUCAACGCAGGAGGGGGAGAUGGAAACGACACUGAGGACAGCCAGAGCUCUUCUUCAUCGACCCACAGGGAGGUGGAGCAGAGGAACAGCUAACCUGCCACACACUCCUGCCAGUGGACACAGAGCUGCAAGAUGGAUUUCAGCUGCCAUUGUGAUGAAGCCAGUGGUCCACAGUGGUCUGGUAGCUGGAGGGUAGCACCACCACUGCUGAGGUGCCUAUAAACAGGGCACUGACCCCACUAAAUCCACUGUAGAGGCGCUGUGCUGUGCUGCGAUGUGAUCACCCAGUGCUCUCAUGUCCCUGUGGCUCUGCUGUGCACUAGAAUAACAGACUGUUGGCAGGGGUGUAUUUCAGAGUUGGAGUAAGCAGAGAGUCAAAUCUGUAGCUCAUGUACAGCUGAUUUUACUUUCAGUCUUAGUUACUAAACACACAGGCUGGAUGGAUGGAAUGAAAAAAGAAAAUAGAUGUGAAUUUGUAGUUGUGCAGGCAAUUUGUAAGACCGCUGAGACGUGCUGAUGUAAUGGGUCACAGUGGGAGUAGCAUGUUUGUAGUGAUGCUGAUAGAGAUUAUAUUGCCAGGUAAUGGCUUGUGCUUCCUUUGAAUUGACAAUACUUUGGAGGGAAUUGGACUACUCAACUGUAGUGAAACACCAUGAAUAAAAACACUGGGGUUUGGUUACUUUAUCUGUUGAAAGGUGUGUUCACUAAAUCUGUUGUGUUUGAUGGACAAAAUCCAGUCAAGUGUGAAACUGGCUUGUACUGUAGAAAGCAGCAGACUGGUUGGUAAUAUGACACUGUUAUGUUGACCAACAGCACUUAAUAAUGCCGUACAUUUACAGUGAGUACAGUAGGAACGACAUAUUUCAAUGGUUCAGUGGUUAAAAGAAUGAUGAUGGUGUACUAUCUUUUAAAAUGUUGAUACUUUUUAAAAAAGAAAACACUUUUCUAAUGAUGCCAUUAUGUAUAAUCACAACCUUAAAGGAGCAGUUUUAAAUUUUGGGAAAUACUCUACUUGCUCUACUUAUUACUUGCUUUCUUGCCAAGAGUUUUGAGAAGACUGAUGCCACAGGUUCCCACGGGUCCUUGAAAUCCAAUCAAGGCCUUGAAAGUUUUUAAAAUUAGACAUAAAUAGACUUGGAUCAUUUAAAGUGUUCGAAUUUAGAUAUUUUGCCAAAGAAUAAAUGUCGAAGUUCUUUUGAUAUGGUCUGCCAUUACUGUUAGGUGGGAUUUAUACUCGUGCUGCAGACCUACGCACGUGGCCAACACUGUUGUGGGCAUUUAUACCUCUGCGGUGGUGUGUCUGUGUCACUCUGCAGUUACACCUCAAAAACACUGGUCGGCGGUGCUGUAAAGUUUAGUUG